CAACGAAAACCACGUGCUCGCAAAGAUAACCUUGAUUCUUGGACACCUCGGCAGCUGCUCUCACCCCUUCACCAACCACCGCUGGAAACUUACAAAACGCACGAACUGGGCAGUUUCGUGAGCGUAAUUCGCCGUUCUUGUACUGUCUAAAAGAGUAAUAUUGUCAUAUAUAACCUAAGAGGAAAACUGUCGCGAUGUCGAACAACGCUGGCAUGCAAAAAGUUCAUGAUCUUCUGGACGCGAUCAAAACGGAGUACGACACGCUUUCUCAACAGGCCAGCGUGUUAAAGAACCGUAAGAUUGACUACGAGAGCUCAGUCAUCACAUCGCAAAUCCAGGAGAUGCAGCAGAUCCAGCACUCGCUAUCGGAGCUCGAGACGCAGCACAAAAAGAUGAAGGAGAGCUACGAAGAGGAGAUCGCUUCCUUGAAGAAAAAGUUAGAGUCUAAAAAUAAUGAAACGGCGGGUCUUUCGGCGGCCGACCAGCACUUGUUUGGUAAUGACUCUACUGGCCAAGCUACUCGGCCUCAGCUGCAGGCACAGCCGUACAAGCCCGUUCUGUCACAGCCCGGCACAGCUGCUUUCCAAGCAAGCACGCAAAAGCAACCCGUUCCAUACACAGCCAUUGACGGCUCCAGCGCCAUUCAAUCCAUUCCCACUGUCCAACCACUCAAUCAUCCCCAAGGAGUGGAUUCCCUAGGAAACCCACAGCCUGGCCAGGGAACGGUUCCUGGAGCAGCGACGUUUUCUUCCGGUGGUGCCUUCCAGCAGGAUCCUUCGGCAGCCACGGCUGCUGCAAACCUUCCUCCCGGCGGUCCCAUGACACAGCCUGUUGGCCCCGGUGCUGCCACCGUGGCACAGGGUGCUUUCUACAAUAACAACGCGAACACGAACCCCAGUUCCAACAACAAUGUCAUUACUAAGCUCGAACAGACUCCCUCCACACCGGCUGAAGUCCCUGCUCCAUCUGCCCAUGUAGCAGCGGUGGGAAACCCUGUCCCGCCCUCCAACGCCGCUGACGUGAAUCCCCAGCAGCAACAGCGACAACCAUCACCCGCUGCAUCCGCUCCUAUUGACCGACGCAUGUCGCUGGAUGAACGGACGAAAGAGUCUGGUCAGGAUUGGUAUGCGGUGUAUAACGAAAAGAUGCCCAAGCGCAUGUCUAUUGGCUUGGUGCACACUCUGGAACACAAAAGCGUUGUGUGUUGUGUUCGAUUUAGUGCAGACGGCAAAUACCUGGCUACUGGUUGUAACCGUGCGGCAGAAAUUUUUGACGUACAGACGGGACAAAAACUCGCUACUUUUGAGCAAGAAAACACCAAUCCAGAGACCGACCUCUACAUCCGUAGUGUUGCGUUUAGCCCUGACGGAAAGUACCUAGUCACGGGCGCUGAGGACCGACAAAUCCGCAUGUGGGACAUAGCCACUGGCAAAGUGAAGCACGUGUUUGUCGGUCAUGAACAGGACAUCUACUCACUCGACUACAGUAGGGAUGGCCGAUACAUUGUUUCCGGCAGUGGAGACCACACCGCCCGCUUGUGGGAAGCUGAAACGGGCAAGUGUGUGCUGACGCUUGCCAUCGAAAACGGCGUCACUGCGGUUGCAUUCUCGCCCAACAAUCAAUUCAUCGCGGCGGGAAGUCUCGAUCAAGUUAUUCGCGUAUGGUCUAUUACGGGAACACUGCUCAAAAAACUCGAGGGACAUCGGGAAAGCGUGUACUCCAUUGCAUUUUCGGCCGAUGGCAAGUAUCUUGCCAGCGGAAGUCUUGACAAAACCAUGCGGCUAUGGGAGCUGAAGCUUGACGAGAACGCCAAGACUUGCUCCAAGGCGAGCGCCAUUUCGACGUACACUGGCCACUCCAACUUUGUUCUCUCCGUCGCCAUUUCUCCCAACGGGAAGUGGGCCGUCAGCGGCUCCAAAGACCGCAGCGUCCAGUUUUGGAAUCUGAAAACCGAUGAACUCUACCUGACGUUUCAAGGUCACAAGAACUCUGUUAUCUCUGUUUGUUUUAGCCCGGAUGGCAAACUUUUUGCUACUGGCAGUGGAGACCUUCGUGCUCGUAUUUGGUCCAUCGAGGAUACAGCUUGAGGAGAUCUCUAAAGCAUAUCUAUUCUUCUUCACCAUGCAUCAGAUUACCGGCUCAUCUGUCGAUGGGCCACUUUUCAAUGUCGCGCUUCUUCUAUCUAGCUCUGUACCACGGGGCACCUUGUUCUUCUUCUUCUAUGCACACCGUACGGGCACAUUGCAUACACACACCCGCACUCCUACACCCCCUCCCUACCGUCCGGCGCCCACUCCAGACUAGCAUUUCAUUUUAUCUUGCUUGUGUCUGUCGCACGCACUCUAUUGCGCAUCGAACCCCGUAAUCCGA